AUGCAGCCGACAUCAAGUAGUACCGAAAGUAAAACGCUACUAUACAGAUCAGUGUCCAACAGUGAAUUUAGAAAUAGUGUUAGUUAUGGUGUAGAAAAUCGUUUCGACAUGGAUGGUUCAACCGCAAAGACACAAACCUCUGAAGAUGGCACAAACGCAACCAAACUUUCCAAAGAAAAAUCCACGUCUGGAGAUGACAUCCAUGAAACAAAGGAAGGCUCAAAAGUGGAACAAACCAGCUACGUUGGUUUCGCGAAUUUACCCAACCAAGUAUACUGGAAAGCAGCCCAUAAGGGCUUCGAGUUUACUCUCAUGCUCGUCGGAGCAUCUGGCUUAGGAAAGUCGACGCUAAUGAACUCCUUGUUCCUGACAGACAUCUACAACUCUGUAACUUAUCCGGGACCUACAAUAAGAAGUAAGAAGACAGUGUCAGUGGAAACGACAACAGUGAAACUGAAAGAAGGUGGAGUUAAUUUAACAUUAACGUUAGUCGACACGCCUGGGUUCGGUGACGCAAUCAACAACAGCCUAUCCUGGAUUCCUAUUACUGAGUAUGUAGAAAAGAAAUACGAAGAUUUCUUCGUAGCGGAAUCCAAAGUGAAUAGAAAACCGAUACUCGACCAGAGAAUUCACUGCUGUUUGUAUUUUAUUCAACCAACUGGGCACGGUUUGAAGCAGUUGGAUAUAGAGUGCAUGAAACGUCUGUCCGAUAAAGUGAAUAUCAUCCCUGUGAUAGCAAAAGCAGACACUCUUACUCCAGAGGAAUGCUUUACGUUCAAGAAACAGAUUCUGCAAGAUGUUGAAGCGAACAACAUAAAGAUAUACAAGUUUCCAGAUCUUUCCGAAGAAGAUGAAGGGUUUGAAUUAAACAAAUCUCUAAAGGAAAAAGUUCCUUUCGCAGUAGCUGGCUCUAAUACUACCAUUGAAGUAAACGGCAAGACUGUCCGAGGUAGAAAAUAUUCUUGGGGCGUUAUUGAUAUUGAAAAUUUGGAACAUUGCGACUUCAUCGCUUUGAGGAAAAUGAUGAUUUCCACGCACCUCCAGGAUCUAAAGGACACUACUAACAACACUCUUUAUGAGAACUACAGGUAUCGUAAACUUUCUAACCUAAAAUAUAACGGAACGGAUGUGAUAAAAAACCCACUUCUUGAAUUCGAGGAAGAAAAGCAAGGCCAUGUAUUGAAAUUGAAGAAAAUGGAGACUGAAAUGGACGAAUUACUCGAGAAAAAGGUGCGGGAGAAGGAGAAAGAACUGAGGGAUACGGAAAAGCUUUUGAAUAUGAGGUACGAAGUUACAAAGAAGGCUUUGGAAGAAGAAGUUAAAGAAUUAGAAGAAAAGCGGAAAACGUUCGAGUUGGAGAAAGACCUUUGGGAAAAGGAAAAAGUAAUGGGUAGUAAGGAGUCCAUUGAAUCAAAAAGGAAGAAGAGGGGUUUAUUUUAA